AAAGCCCUUCCCUUCCCUUCCGCUCUCUCGACCACACAACUACCUUUUCCUUGCUUUCCUACACAGCAGCCGCCAUGGGUGAUCCGCGCGAAUCUUCGUCCCACUACUCGGUGACGCCGCACCUCAAGUACAACACUGUGGGCGGUGUGAACGGUCCUCUCGUCAUUCUCGACAAUGUCAAAUUCCCCAGAUACAACGAGAUUGUCAGCUUGACCCUUCCAGAUGGGUCGAUCAGACAAGGACAGGUCCUCGAGGCUCGAGGAAACCGAGCCGUUGUGCAGGUUUUCGAAGGAACCUCAGGCAUCGAUGUGAAGAAGACGAAAGUCGAGUUCACAGGCGAGAGCUUGAAGCUUGGUGUGUCGGAGGACAUGCUGGGACGUAUCUUUGAUGGAUCAGGUCGGGCCAUCGACAAGGGCCCCAAGGUGCUGGCGGAAGACUACCUUGACAUCAACGGCAGCCCCAUCAACCCUUACUCGAGAGUGUACCCCGAGGAGAUGAUCUCCACUGGUAUCUCUGCCAUCGACACCAUGAACUCGAUCGCUCGUGGCCAAAAGAUCCCCAUCUUCUCCGCCGCCGGUCUCCCGCACAACGAGAUCGCUGCUCAGAUCUGCCGGCAAGCUGGCUUGGUCCAGAAACAGGGUGUCACAAACAAGGGUGUACAUGAUGGUCACGAGGAGAAUUUCUCCAUUGUCUUCGGUGCCAUGGGUGUCAACUUGGAGACCGCCCGAUUCUUCACCCGUGAUUUCGAGGAGAACGGCAGUCUGGAGCGUGUCACCCUCUUCCUCAACCUUGCCAACGACCCUACUAUCGAACGUAUCAUCACACCCCGUCUCGCCCUUACGACCGCCGAGUACUACGCCUACCAGCUCGAGAAGCACGUCCUGGUCAUUCUCACCGAUCUGUCUUCUUACUGCGAUGCCCUGCGUGAAGUCUCAGCUGCGCGAGAAGAAGUCCCCGGUCGUCGUGGUUUCCCCGGUUACAUGUACACGGAUUUGUCAACCAUCUACGAACGAGCCGGUCGUGUCGAGGGCCGCAACGGUUCGAUCACGCAGAUCCCCAUUCUCACUAUGCCCAACGACGACAUCACACACCCUAUUCCUGAUCUGACGGGCUACAUUACCGAGGGCCAGAUCUUUGUGGACCGUGGUCUCUACAACAAGGGUAUCAGCCCGCCCAUCAACGUGCUGCCAUCGCUGUCCCGUCUCAUGAAGUCUGCCAUUGGCGAGGGCAUGACGCGCAAGGAUCACGGCGAUGUGUCGAACCAGCUGUAUGCCAAGUACGCCAUCGGACGUGACGCUGCCGCCAUGAAGGCAGUCGUCGGCGAAGAAGCCUUGUCGGCGGAGGAUAAGCUGUCGCUCGAAUUCCUGGAAAAGUUUGAACGGCAGUUCAUCAGCCAGGGCGCCUACGAGUCACGGACCAUUUACGAGUCCCUGGACCUGGCGUGGUCGCUGCUGCGUAUCUACCGCAAGGACAUGCUCAACCGUAUCCCCAAGAAAAUCAUUGAUGAGUUCUACGUGCGCAAAGCGAAGGGGAAGGAUAAAAAUGUCAAAGACACUGCGGCGGCGGAUGAACCACAGGAGGAGAACCUCAUCGAUGCGUAAAGUUUUGUGAGGACGUCGUGGACCAGAGGAGGAAGGCUAGGAAAACGCGUUCCCCCCCCCUCCCUCCGGGGUGGAUCUUGUGUGUAUUACCUGGGAUGUAGAGUCUCGGCGGUGAAACAUUUUUUGCAUUUUUUCUUCUUCUUCUUUCGUAUUGUUAGCAUGUGGUGAGAAAUAAGGAGCAAUAGCAUUUGUCACAAC